AUGACGCGACACUUCGCCACGUCGUCGCACGUCGUCUGCAACUGCAGUCCGCCAACCAGUGCGUCGGUGACCAUCGUCUCGGCACCUCAGCUCCCGCCGGCAACAACGACGGCCAAUACGACCGUGGAGCUCCAGAAGUCCCUCAGCAAAGCGCGCCACCGACUACGCCAUAGCGACGCCGCCGGCAGUCUCUGGUUCUUUACGAGCGCGUUCCUCCUCAUGCUGCUCGUGGCCUGCGUCAUAUACGUGCGCCGACGCCUGCGUCGUCCCCACCCACAGUGGGGACACAAACCACUCUAA